AUGAUUCUCAGCAAAUCACUCCAGUUGGUACUUAAAUCUAACAAUUCUUCCACAUUCAAAACUCUGGAGAACCAAUUGGUUGCUAUAAACAAAGGUGAAAGAACGACAGUUAGUCAAAAGGCCAACGAAGUUGAGCAGCUAUUGCCCAACCUUCUGGGUACAUCCAAGGCCAUUCUGAAUUACGUGAUAUUCUGUCACCAGGACGAUUCCCUUUGGCCAAUCUCUGAAGCCUCGGUGUUGAAAAAGAGAUUUGAUGAGAUUUUUGACUCCGUGAAGUUCAUCAAAGUGCUUGAUAACUUCAAGGCCAUUAACAAGGAUAUGGCAUUGGAUAUCAAAUUGCUAAAUAACAACGUGGGCCAUCUUUCUAAUGACAAAAAAAGGGCUUCUGAGAAGAAGAACACACUUGCGGCUGUGGAGAAUACCAUUCUCCAGUACAACUCUGAAAUUGAGCAGAUGAGCAACGAGCUACAGGUGCUGGAUGCAGAGGCAGAAAGACUUUUCAGUUCAAACCAGGAUUUCGAAAAGGUUCUGAGCGAGCUAGAUUCUUUGAAGCAACGUCUCACAAGUUUGCGUGAGCAAGAAGAUAGAUUGGAGGCGUCGAUUACCGUUCUCACAGAUUCUGAUGCAAAGCUGGAGGAGAGUUUGGGGAACUUCACAGAGACUUUGUCUCAGAAAAACAAGGAGUUAGAGCAAACACGGGCAGCACUAGAGUCCUUGAACUCCAAAUUGCAGACAGAACAGCGGCGUCUGAAUGGACUAGUCCGAGAAGAAGGUGAACUUGUCACGCUCACUACGCAAUACCAGAGUAACCUUGAAAAAAGAUUGCAAAUACAGCACCAAUUCGACGGGGAACUUGGUGACCAGGGUUUUGAGAUAAACUUCGAAAAAAAGGUUGAAGAUUUGUCAAAGUAUAUCAAGACUGAAGAGCCCAAGUAUGAACAGCAAAACGAGAAACUGCAGCAUGAAAUACGUCAACUAAGAGACCAGGUAUCAACAGAGGCUGAGCAUGCGAAGUACAUGAAGGCUGACAUAAGUUCAUUGACUACAAAAAACCAGUCCAUGACGAGGGCCAUAGAAGGAAUGGAGGUUAACACCACAAAGUUGGUUGUGGAGAAGGCACUUUUGGAAAAGCUUCUUGAGAAGCUGACUGCAUCAAAAUCAAAUAACAAGGCUGAUGUGCUUGCCAAAUCCAUCGAGCAAAGAGAAUUGACUAUUUUGGAUGCUGAAUCAUCUAUUGAAAGCCUCAACAAAAGCAUAUCCCAAGCGAGUAUGCACGGAGCAGUGAUGGCCAAAGUUGAGCUGCUGAAUGAGUCAAAACAAUCAGAUAUAGCGAUGAUUCAAGCUUUGAAAGAUGAAAAUGCAGACUUAUUCAAACUGAGAACUGGCCAUGAUUUAGAAGCUUCCGCAUGCAAAGAGCAGUGGGAAACUGCCUUUGAAGGUUUGAAAAGUAGGAAGGAUAACGUGCUAAACACUCACGAGCAGAUAGCAAGAGAGAAUACAAAGAUCCAGGACGAGUACAGCCGUUUGACAACAGAACUGAAAGACUAUCAAUCGAAGACCCGUGACAGUCAGAGAUUUGUUUUCAAGUUCAUUACGAAGGAAGAGUUGCCAAAUUUCUCUAAAAUUCUUGAAGACAGACAAGUGGAGUAUGAUCAAGCUAUGGAGGUUUAUGAAAGUGCAAAAGCUGCUCUCAGAAUCAACGAAGGGGCCAUUAGAAAGACUAAAGCCGAUCGCAUAUGUCCAACGUGUAGAAGGGGAUUCGACACUGAGGCAAUCUUCGACACAAUUUUAGAGACUCUGGCCAAAGCAGGAGAAGGUCUCAAGGCGAUAAUCAUGAAAAGUCAAAUAGAGGAAAUCAGAACUGAACUAGCAAAUCUACGUUCUAUUUCAGCAGAUGUUUCUGAAGUUCGGAUAAUGAGUGAAACGACGGACCGCAUGAAAACAGAAAUCAAAGCUGCUGAAGAUGCCCUGAACAAGAAAACUUCUGAACUUCAUCGAAGUGAGCUGGAAUUGAAAGAUGCGACAAAUGCGCUAUUGGAUAUGGAACAUCUUCGCGAGGCAGUUGGUCAGAUGAACAGGUUGAUGACCGAUAUUAAUCAAAAAGAAAAUGAGCUCCACGCUGUCAAGGAGCAGAUGUCUUCAAGCGGCUUACAAUCUGAAACAAUCGAGGAGUUGGAGUCUCUGAGAAGAACCAAGAUGUACGAGUGCAAAGCACUACGUGAGGAGCUCAAAGACCUGUUGUAUACUAAAGAAAGAGUUCAAAAUGCUCAAUCAGCUCUCGAAAAGGAAGUCAGCGACAAGCGUCUGGUGAUCAGUGAGCUAGAGAGAAAAUCUCUACAGUCGGUCAAUCUGAGAAAGAUUGUGGAAGAAAAUGUCCUCAAAAUUCGAGAGUAUACUGAGACUGUUGCCGUCAGCGAAACCAAGCAAAAAGAACUCAAAGAGGCUCUCAUAGCGGCAUCAGAUGAACAAGAAGCAUUCACGAGAAAAAAGACUUUGGAGUUGAAUGAAUUGAAGGCAGAACUUUCCAAAUUAUCUGCGAAGCUGAAUGAGUGGCACAAUUUAAAAGCCGCCAUAAUGCAAUAUGAGGAGCACGACAUCCUGCGACUGCAAAAUUGCCAGAGCAAGAUUGCUGAUACGAAGUCGACAAUCGCUCGUCUUAAUCAUGAAAUCUCAGAUUGUGAUUCCCUCACGAGAACCAUGGAGCGUGAUUUGUCAGAAACAGACAACCUGAAAAGAAACUUAAGGCUCAACCUAGACCUUCGGUCCAUAAGAAAACAGAUUGCAGCCACUGAAUCCCGACUAGAGAAGCUCGAUACACAAAACGCGUUGGUAAUGAGAGACGAGUACGUCAAAAAGAGUGAAGUUCUGAGACAAAAGUUUUCUGACUUGAAGUCAGUUCAUUCCCAGAAAAUUGGUGAGGUGAGUCAAAUGCAGAAAAACGCGCAAUUGCUGAGAAAUGAGCUCGAACGCGACUACAACAAGAUUGGAGAAAGACACAAAGAAGAGUUCACGAGGCUACAGACCAAAAUGCUGCUCUCAAACGAUAUCACAAUUUACUCCAAGGCUCUGGAUAAUGCUGUCAUGAAGUACCACAGUCUAAAGAUGAAGGAAAUCAACAAGAUCAUCGACGAGCUGUGGAAAAAGACGUACAGCGGUACGGAUGUGGAUACCAUUCUCAUUAAGAGUGACAUGGCAUCCUCACAGGUGAAGUCUGCUGGACGGUCGUACAAUUACCGCGUGGUUAUGGUUAAGCAGGACACUGAGCUUGAUAUGAGAGGCAGAUGUUCAGCCGGCCAGAAGGUCUUGGCCAGUAUCAUCAUAAGACUGGCUCUGGCUGAGUCUUUUGGCGUAAACUGUGGUAUAAUUGCCCUUGAUGAGCCUACUACCAAUUUGGACGAACCAAAUAUCGAGAGUCUUGCCCGGUCGCUGAACCAGCUCAUUGAAAACAGGCAGUCUCAAAACAACUUCCAGCUUAUAGUCAUUACUCAUGAUGAGAAGUUCCUGACGCAUAUGAAGGCUGCCCAGUUCACCGAUCAUUACUACAGGGUUAGCCGCAACGAACGACAAAAGUCAGAAAUUGGACUUAUCAAUAUCAACUCAUCUUAG